AUGGUACCCCCUGAACACAUCCCAGACUCCCAUGGUACCCAUGAACACAUCCCAGACUCCCAUGGUCCCCCUGAACACAUCCCAGAUUCCCAUGGUCCCCCUGAACACAUCCCAGACUCCCAUGGUACCCCUGAACACAUCCCAGACUCCCAUGGUCCCCGUGAACACAUUCCAGACUCCCAUGGUCCCCCUGAACACAUCCCAGACUCCCAUGGUCCCCCUGAACACAUCCCAGACUCCCAUGGUCCCCCUGAACACAUCCCAGACUCCCAUGGUCCCCCUGAACACAUCCCAGACUCCCAUGGUCCCCCUGAACGCAUCCCAGACUCCCAUGGUCCCCCUGAACACAUCCCAGACUCCCAUGGUCCCCUUGAACACAUCCCAGACUCCCAUGGCACCCCUGAACACAUCCCAGACUCCCAUGGUACCCCUGAACACAUCCCAGACUCCCAUGGUCCCCUUGAACACAUCCCAAACUCCCAUGGUCCCCCUGAACACAUCCCAGACUCCCAUGGUCCCCGUGAACACAUCCCAGACUCCCAUGGUCCCGCUGAACACAUCCCAGACUUCCAUGGUCCCCACUCCCAUGGUCCCCCUGAACACAUCCCAGACUCCCAUGGUCCCCCUGAACACAUCCCAGAGCCCCAUGGUCCCCCUGAACACAUCCCAGACUCCCAUGGUCCCCCUGAACACAUCCCAGACUCCCAUGGUCCCCCUGAACACAUCCCAGACUCCCAUGGUCCCCCUGAACACAUCCCAGACUCCUAUGGUCCCCCUGAACACAUCCCAGAGCCCCAUGGUCCCCCUGAACACAUCCCAGACUCCCAUGGUCCCCCUGAACACAUCCCAGACUCCCAUGGUCCCCCUGAACACAUCCCAGACUCCCAUGGUCCCCCUGAACACAUCCCAGAGCCCCAUGGUCCCCCUGAACACAUCCCAGACUCCCAUGGUCCCCCUGAACACAUCCCAGACUCCCAUGGUCCCCCUGAACACAUCCAAGACUCCCAUGGUCCCCCUGAACACAUCCCAGACUCCCAUGGUCCCGCUGAACACAUCCCAGACUCCCAUGGUCCCCCUGAACACAUCCCAGACUCCCAUGGUCCCCCUGAACACAUCCCAGACUCCCAUGGUCCCCCUGAACACAUCCCAGAGCCCCAUGACUCCCAUGGUCCCCCUGAACACAUCCCAGAGCCCCAUGGUCCCCCUGAACACAUCCCAGACUCCCAUGGUCCCGCUGAACACGUCCGAGACUCCCAUGGUCCCCCUGAACACAUCCCAGAGCCCCAUGGUCCCCCUGAACACAUCCCAGAGCCCCAUGGUCCUCCUGAACACAUCCCAGACUCCCAUGGUCCCCCUGAACACAUCCCAGACUCCCAUGGUCCCCCUGAACACAUCCCAGAGCCCCAUGGUCCCCCUGAACACAUCCCAGACUCCCAUGGUCCCGCUGAACACGUCCGAGACUCCCAUGGUCCCCCUGAACACAUCCCAGAGCCCCAUGGUCCCCCUGAACACAUCCCAGAGCCCCAUGGUCCUCCCUGA